AUGAACGGCUACGGCUCCCCGUACCUGUACAUGGGCGGCCCGGUGGCUCAGCCGGCCCGGGCGCCCCUGCAGCGGACGCCCAAGUGCGCGCGCUGCCGUAACCACGGCGUGCUGUCCUGGCUGAAGGGCCACAAGCGCUACUGCCGCUUCAAGGACUGCACCUGCGAGAAGUGCAUCCUCAUCAUCGAGCGGCAGCGCGUCAUGGCCGCCCAGGUGGCUCUGCGCCGCCAGCAGGCCAACGAGAGCCUCGAGAGCCUGCUCCCCGACACGCUGCGCACCCCGCAGCUUUCGUUCGCCUCCGAACUGAACGUUGACUUGGAGCGCAGGCUUCCGGGCCUGGAAGCCCAGGAAGACGGACUCCGGCUGGCGUCGCCUUCCUCUCCUCAGCCUUUCGCUUCCCUGCGGAUAUCAGUGAUCAAAUCAGAACUGUCCAAACCCUACAUGACAGAAGAGCGAUUGGGUGACAUCAGUGGAGGAGACAGUACUGAAGCCUACAGUGACAAAGACACAGACCAAAGGAGUUCCCCAGAAGUGGCCAAGACCAAGAGCAGCUUCACUCCCGAGAGCCCUGAAAUAGUUUCCGUUGAUGAGGGUGGUUAUGCAGUCCAGAAAAGCAGUGGGAGCACUGACAGCAGACCCGAGAGUCCUAAGUAUCAACCGGAGCAGAACCAUUUCUUGAUUGAAGGUCCAUCAGGGACAGUUUCUCUCCCAUUUGGCUUAAAAGCCAACCGGCCACCCCUUGAAGUGUUAAAAAAAAUAUUCCCUAAUCAAAAGCCAACUGUGCUUGAGUUAAUCUUGAAAGGCUGCGGGGGUGACCUAGUGAGUGCUGUUGAGGUCCUCCUGUCAAGCAGAUCCUCUAUAGGUGGAGGAGACAGAACUUCUGCAGAAUCAGAAGGCCUGGUUUUGCCUUCAAAUGGGCACCUCUUUGAACACACUUUGAGUUCCUAUCCUAUUUCCUCUUCAAAAUGGUCAGUAGGGUCCGCUUUUCGAGUCCCAGAUACACUGAGGUUUUCUGCUGAUACUAGUAAUGUUGUAACAAAUCCAUUGGCUGUUCCAUUACAGCAUCCCUUCCCACAACCUCCCCGGUAUCCCCUGAUGUUGAGGAAUACUUUGGCAAGGAACCAAUCCAGUCCAUUUCUACCCAAUGAUGUUACUUUGUGGAACACCAUGACUCUUCAGCAGCAGUAUCAGCUGAGGUCUCAGUACGUCAGCCCUUUCUCUGCUAAUUCUGCUACUGUCUUCCGAAGUUCUCCUGUCCUUCCCACACGCCCAUCAGAGGAUCCUAGAAUCUCACUUCAAGAUGAUGGAUGUCCAAUUGUGACAAAGCAACCUAUUUAUACAGAAGAUGACUAUGAUGAAAGAUCUGAUUCCUCAGAUUCUAGAAUACUAAACACAUCUUCGUAA